AAAUGUGCCAUUCGAUCUGUAAUAUAUGGGAUUUUAUUGGAUGGGAAAUAAGUACCAGCAGCAACGGAUUUAAGGGGCGGAAGUACGACUUGUACUCAUUCAUCUGUGACUUCGACUGAAAUUCAGUUGCCAAAAAAAGAACAGAAUUUUGAAUGGGUGUGUUCCAUUUAGAGCAGAGUAGAAUGAACUGUAAGAUAGUUGAGCAUAGAAAUCAUUGAAAGAGACUCGGAACAGGGACAACAGGGUUCGGGCUAUCAUUUUCACGCUUCAGUUAAGAGCCUGCAAGAGUCGGAGAUCAUUAAAACCGUAUAUAACCUAGGCUAUAUUUUGAUUUGGAAAUUCAGUUCACUACUAGAUUCCCACUUCCAGAGCUUACAAGGGGGAGCAGAGCGGAGGGAAGGGAGAGACAUGUCAUUAAUUAAUGAUAGCCGCCAGUCGAAGGUGCAAUGCCAGCCACAAAUAGAAUAUCGUUGCAUUUGUCCGUAGAUUUUCCACUCACAGAUCACAGAUCGGGCCAAAUAAUUGAAACCGGUUUGGAUUCCGAUUAAGCUUUGAUCAGCUGUAUCGUUGAUGGUCAGAGCCGCAGUGCCAGUGCCAGAGCCAGAGCCAGAGCCAGUACGAGACUGGAACUCACUUGGAAUGGCCCGAUCAAGUGGUGGAGUGCUAUGCCUGCUGCUGCUGUGCUUCCUGCUUCUGGUUCUGGCCCUUGCCCUGGCCGUUCGACUGAAGCCCUGCGAUCUGGCCGGUCAGCUCUACAUCCUGGACGUGCCCAAGUCGGAGCUGCCUUUGUGGCUGUGCAUCGCGGAAUUCGAGAGCCGCUUCAACACGCACGCGGUGGGGCAGGCCAAUGCGGACGGCUCCCGGGACUAUGGCCUCUUUCAGAUCAGCGAUCGCUUCUGGUGCUCACCGCCCAAUCAAACGGAGUACUAUACCUUCAACGAGUGCAACGUGAACUGCACGCGGCUGCUGACCGACGACAUUACCAUGGCCGUGCAGUGCGCCCGGCUCAUACGGAAGCAGCAGGGCUGGACGGCCUGGUCGGUGUACGGUCAGUUCUGCAACGGAACGCUGGAGGGCAUCGAUGAGUGCUUCCAACCCCAGACCCCGGCGGGCAACAGAAGCUGUGCAGAGAGUGAGUCAGUGCUGGGAGAUUGUAGCUGACGGACGGGUCAGACGGGGUCUUGGGACUUAUGACAUCACUGCCGAAAUAUUUGUGAAAAUAAAAUAUUAAUUAACGUUUAAGUUUGAGUUUUUUCUUGUCUAUGUCAUCCAGAGGUCAGCCCAGAGCCUUAAUUGUUUCCGCUUUCCAUUCCA